UGACUAUCAAAUUUCCAUUGGAUAAAAACAUUGUGUUUUUGUUUAAAUGAAAUAAUUUUGAGUGAUCAUUAAUGUAAGAAUCACAAAUAAAAAGGAUAUUAAAAUAGAAAUUUCAUAAUAGAUCAGUCAUUUAAAAAAGUCAACAAAUCCGAGACUCGUCUGCUGAAGUGGGAGCUGAAGUUUCGACGGUGGCAAAAUCCAACUCGAAGAAAAUGUCAAAUUUUAGUGGAUCACAAAGGAAAUGUCAAGUUGAAGAGAAGGACAUGGUGCAAUGUCCCAAACCUGAACUUCUGAAUUACACACACAAUGUAGCAAUGAAUGAAAUAGACCGCAUGAAUAGAGACCUGAACAAUCUGAAGGAGGUCAUGAUCAAACACAGUGUUCGAUGUCAUAUGCUGGAAGUUGACCUGGCCACACAGUUUAGCCCUGAUCUACAAGUAGUUCUUCGAUCAACAGAACAGGAUUGCAGUAGAUGUAGAGAAGUUCUGCAGAGACAUGAUAAUGACCAACAACCAACCAUGAUAUGCAGUGAUAGAGAGGACGAAGCUCAGUUAAAAGACUAGUGACUGGGAGGACCAAGUACAGUUGACAGUGAAUUAGUGAUAAGGUUUUUCAGAUUUUUUUUAUUGUAAAAUUAUUCAAACUUUUACAUUUUACUCAACAUGUAACAAUACAUGUGUUAAGUUAAUCUAUAAAACAUUUCAUGGUGUUUGAUGUUGAAUAAACAUCUAGGAAAUAUUAUCCAAAUUUUGUUCUCA